AUGCCGCCGGGAAGAACAUCCGCCGCGUCGCAGCUUGCCUCCCUGGUCGUCUUCAUUGCUGCCUUAGUGGUCGCCGAGAGUCGUGCUCCAGCUACAGUCAAAAAGCUGGUCCCAGUCUACUACGACGUCGGGGUUUGCUCAGACAAACCUCAUUAUACCGAAAUCCAAAACCUGACCAUCACCAUGGACGAGAGAGGAGCCCAUUAUGUCAACUCGGCCGUCUUGCUCACAAAGGAAAUGAAGAGUGUGUCCAAGUUGCUCGUCCAUCUUACAAAAUGUACCGGCGGUAAGGCGACGAAUCUUUGUGAGUACUACCUACGCUGGGUCUGGACCACAGGCCUGUGUCACCUCAUCCCUGCAAGAGGAAUGCUGUGGAGCCCCUUUUAUGACGCGUUCGAACCACCUUUCAGCUGCCCUAUGAAAGGGCACUACUUCGUGCGUAAUGCAACCUUGGACGUCGACAACCUUAAAGGCCUUUUUCCUGACAUGCAUAGACACAUCUGGCCUGCAGAGUUUCAGGUGUACAAUGAAAACGCUGAUCUGAUUGGCUGUAUACUCUUCACGGUUGAAUUUCGUUACGUCAAGGGGAAGGCCUAGUUGAGAGGGUGGAGAAGGAGGAAAUUCAGACAAUGACCGAAAAAGAGGCAAAAUAAAUAGGUGACCUUGACCCGUUGCGCACCAUGCUUCACCCGCGCGGGAGAAUCAGCACAGCAGUAAAAGAGCACCGAGGAACUGAGGUUACACUGUCGUUUGCAGCAAUGCGGAAAGCCAAGGAGAAACUUUUUUUAAAAAAGUGUUCAUAAAUGUGAUUUUUUGUUUGGAGUUUGACGUAUACAUUGACCAAAGUCAAAACUCAGUUUCACUGCAGUUAAGAUGGAGUUUAUGUACUCUCAACUGUACUU